GCCGCUUCCAAUUAGUGGGUUUAGAGCAUUACUGCUAAAAACCCACUUGUGAUUCGCUGUCGCUAGAACGAGCCUAGGGGCGGUGCCAGACCAGAGGUGGAGGUUGUGUGGAAAAGAGGCGGCCUCAGGGUCAGAUCUUGGGGAGAGGGCUAGCCAGAAUGGCUGGCACUGUACUUGGAGUGGGUGCAGGAGUAUUCAUCUUAGCGCUGCUCUGGGUGUCGGUAUUGCUGCUGUGUGUGCUGUUAUCCAGAGCCUCCGGUCUAGCUAGGUUCUCGCUCAUUUUUGUUUUCCUUGCUGCUCUGAUCAUCACCACAGUUCUGUUGCUCUUUCCCCGGGCUACCGAGAUCCCAACCAAAAAGGAAGAAUUUAAGAUCCUGGACAAGUUCUUCAUUGGGCGUUAUGUUCUACUGGCUUUUCUCAGUAUUACCUUCCUUGGAAGUCUCUUCUUGGUCCUUUUUCAUUACUUCCUGGAGCCAGUCUAUGCCAAACCACUUCGGACAUCCUAAGCAACAUUCAGAGAAAUACCAUAAACUACGAAUUGAACAGAGAUGCUGCUCAGCUUUGCAUGGUCAGCCUUCAUGUCUGAAUCUGGCAUGAAUUUCAAGAGUAUUGGGAUUCAUCAAAGGACUUAUGGAAUGAUGCCUGUGGAGAUGGAUUCUCAUUUGACUUAGGAGAAAUGGUGGUAUCUUCACAGUCUCCCUGAAUGACCACAUAUCACCCUACCUUUUAACAUCUGUUUUCUACCUAUUUCAAACCAGAAAUAGUCAUGUGACUAUUUUGGAGUGGAACUUAAGACAGGACAAAAUGUUUGCCUUCAGCUGGCAGAGGCCAGAAACUAGAUAUUCUGAUGCUCUGUAAAACUGUUGUUUUCAGAGUUAAGUUCUUUUGUAGAGGAAGUGCACUUGGAUCUAAGUGUUCCUUUCAUGUUUGGAAAACUUUACAAAGUAGUUAUUGACCACUUAUGCUGGAAAACUCCUUUUAAAAAAUACAAUUCUCAUUUCCUAUAUAAGAAAA